UAAAAAAAAAAAUCAAUUUCUAUACAAAGUCUUAGCUGAGCUCUCUAUUCUACAAAUCACGGAGCCCUUAGAUGGAAUACAAAGCCUAGAUAGGAAUUAAUUGAAUCGAAGACCGAUUAGUCUCCGUCCGAAAUUGUCUUCUAUCUUAAGUUUCGAUCAGAGACUUGGGAAGUGGAGUCGCAGUUCCAGAUUAAAACAUGCAGUACAGAAAGUGAUUUUCUGCAAUUUUACUCCUUGGUAGUCUUUCUUGAUUCGACAAGAUGUCGGCUUAUGAGAAUGUUGUGGGUGGGAAGCUGAAACUUAAGGGAAAAGCCUUGAAUGUGAAGCCCGGUGGACUGAAGAAAAAAAAGAAACAGAAGAAACACCAAGAUCAAGUUUCUCAAGUCUUGGAAAAUGAGCUUUCUGCAGAGGGAAACACAGAAGAGCUAACCGUCACUGGUGAGGAUGUUGUAAAUGACAAUGGCAAAUUGAGUGAAGAAGGGAAUGCGGCUCCUUAUGAUGAUCAUCUGACACCUGCAGAGAGACGAUACAUAGAGCAGAGAGAGAAAAUUGAUCUCCAUAGGAUGGCCAAAGAAGCUAAUAAAUCUCAUCGUGACAGGAUUCAAGGUUUCAACCAGUAUUUGGCGAACAUGAGCGAGCAUUAUGACAUUCCUAAAGUUGGCCCAGGCUAAAAUUCUAAAAGAUCCACCAUCGGCUGCUUAAUGGAUGAAGUUAAGCUUUCAUAUAUAAGCUUCUCUAGCAAAUUAAGGAAAAGCAAGGACACUUCUCAUUCAAAUUCUCCUCGGUUGUAUUUGAAAUUUCGUAGUUAUAUGCUGUGCGGCAUAUUUCUUACCUAAAGUCCUUUAGUAGCCUAUCUAGCCUCGUGUUUUUUUUU